AAAUCUAUUAUUGUGUGACUUGCAUUUACAGGCUCCCCCCACUGCUAGCUUAUAGCCCGACGCCAAAAACAUGUUUACGGUUUAUCAGCUAUGGAGGACCCGACAGAGUUAACCAACAUUCACGUUAGCUCUUAAAUGUAGCAACGUUUGACUGAAAUGGGCGAAGGCGCCGCUCCUAUUUCACAACGACGCCGGCAGCUAAAGUAGAGGUGGGCAGGAUGGGGGAGCGGGCCGUCAGUGGCUCCGUGGCUGCAAUCUCUCCAGUGCAGCAGAUGCUGGCUUCUGGCACUGGAGCCCUCCUCACAUCUAUUUUUGUCACACCGCUGGACGUUGUGAAAAUAAGGCUGCAGGCUCAGCAAACACCGUUCCACCAAGCUUUAACCUGUGAAUCAGCCCCGUGGGGUGGCGUCAUCCGCCCUUCCAAGUGGAAAUGUUUCCUGUAUUGUAAUGGACUGAUGGAUCACAUCUAUGUGUGUCAGAGUAGAACCAGUUGCACCAGCUGGUACAAAACACAGACACAUUUCAGUGGGACUCUGGAUGCUUUUGUGAAAAUCACUCGCCAUGAAGGACUCAGGUCUCUGUGGAGUGGACUACCGCCAACACUGGUCAUGGCUGUACCUGCCACUGUCAUCUACUUCACCUGCUACGACCAGCUGCGGGACUUCCUGAGAUACGGUCUGGGUUUCCAGGGAAGCCACAUCCCUCUUGUUGCUGGAGGUCUGGCCAGAUUGGGGGCUGUGACAGUGAUCAGCCCUCUGGAGCUGGUCAGGACCAAGAUGCAGUCCCGCCAGCUGUCCUACAGCGAGCUGCGGGUGUGUAUCCGCUCUGCUGUGGCUCAGGACGGGCUGCUGUCUCUGUGGAGAGGUUGGGGACCCACCGUCCUCAGAGACGUACCUUUCUCUGCGUUGUACUGGUUUAACUAUGAACUGGUGAAGGCCCAGCUGUGUGAACAGUCCCGUGUGACUCAGGCCAACUUCUCCAUCAGCUUUACAGCAGGAGCCGUCUCUGGAGCUAUUGCUGCAAUCCUGACGCUCCCUUUUGAUGUGGUGAAGACAAGGAGACAAAUCCAGCUGGGAGAAAUGGACACUCUGGGAGUUUCCUUCAAGAAGACCAUGUCCACAUGGCACAUAAUGAAGGACAUAUGGGCCGAGAUGGGCUACAAGGGCCUCUUUGCAGGCUUCAUGCCCAGGGUGAUCAAAGUGGCCCCAGCCUGUGCUGUCAUGAUAAGCACAUAUGAGUUUGGAAAGGCCUUCUUCCAAAAGAUGAACCUCGAUCGAGAGCGACUGGGAUCCUGAACGCUGUCUGUGUGGUGCCGCGUGAUUGUUCACAGCAGCACGCAGACAUUGUUAUCAGGACAGUUGGGACAGAGUUUCCUCAAACAGAAGCUUGAGGAAUACGUGGGCCUGGAUCGAGUUUUUCUGUGAACAUAAAAGAAGAUUGAACCACAUUUCAGGGAUGUCUCUGUAGAAUAAGACUUGAGACACCUUACAUCCAUGAACAUAACAACGAGCCUGAACAAGAAGCCUGAAGACUGAGAGAUGCUCUUGGACUACAGACCUAUAUGUAUGUUGAUUAUUACCUUUUCAGAUGAUGAUAAGUCUGCAGGACAGUGGCGUGCGGUAUAAAUGCUUGAUGGGAAAAUUCAAACCCUGUUAAGGGCUGAAACUGCAUCAGUACUGUUGCAUGAGUCAGAGACAAAAUGUUCUCAUUCCUACAUAUAGCAUUUGCCUGAGACCAACUGCAUGGUGUGUACAGCUUCAUUCAAUACAGAAUCCAAACACUGCAUCACCCUGCAUUCCUGUAGCACUAAGCAGGACAUACUUCACACCUAAGUAGAUGACUGAUAAAUCUGUUAUGUGUGCUAGAUAGAUUCAAUCAUUUGUAGCACUUUACAUUUCCAAAACACAAGCUGUGAAAUGAAAUCAUAAAGGUAAGUACAGGUUUUAUGUUUGUUAAAUGUAUGCUUCUUUUUUUGUUCUCGUAACUGGAAGAAAGCUGCAGCAUACGGAACGCAAACACAAGGCGAGCCUUUUUGGAAUGUGUGUUUUCAUUGGUGCAGGAAUCUAGCAUUUUAUGCUAUGAAUAUGUUCCAAGAAUUCUUAAACAUUUGAACACAAUUUCCUGUAAAAACUGCUGCAGCCAGUUUUCCAAAAAAGAAAAAAACCUCAGAUUUUUAUUAAAUCUUGCCAAGACUUUUUACGUGAUGAUGAAAACACAAAAGGCUCCCAAAACAUACCCCUGGUGGCAUUCUGAUGAUGACAUUCCUUGAUUUUCAGGCCUACAAUAAACAAAACAUCAACAGUUGUUAAAACACUGGAUCAUAAAACAAAAUAUUGCUGACUUAUCCUGAAAGGUGUAAAUGUGUGUCUUCUG